CUAGUGUGCAUGAUCUACCACCAAAUGGAAACCAAUUUGGGGUUAGUUGCUGGCUCUCGCAACAGCAAUGAAUUCAUUAUCAUACGUCAAGAUGGAGAUUUUCCUCAAAGAAAUCAGUUGCAGCACUUGCAUGGUCAAACAUGCAAACUAUGUGGAGAUGAUAUAGGGGUUAAUGCAGAUGGUGAUCUCUUUGUGGCUUGCAAUGAGUGUGCCUUUCCUGUUUGUAAAAAUUGUUAUGAGUAUGAACGCAGGGAGGGAAAUCAGGUCUGCCCUCAAUGCAAAACCAGAUUCAAGCGUCUCAAGGGGUGUGCUAGAGUUGAGGGGGAUGAGGAGGAGGAUGACAUUGAUGACUUGGAGAACGAAUUCGAUUUUGAUGGACGAAAUAAAAAAGAUAUGAAAAUGUCAAUGUCUCUUGAUGAGGAACUGGAUGAAGAAACAUCUGAAGAACAUCGUGCUUUGGUUCCUUCAAAUUCAACCAUAUUGAGCAAAGAGAUAAUUGCAUUGCAAGCAAGACCAAUGGACCCUUCCAAGGACCUGGCUGCUUAUGGCUAUGGGAGUGUUGCUUGGAAAGAAAGAAUGGAGAUAUGGAAGCAAAGACAAAGGACACUUGGUCAUGUGAGAAAAGAAAAUGACAAUGAAGUUCUUAACAACAUCAAAGAUGAUGACACUGAAUUCCCUAUAAUGGAUGAAGCAAGACAACCAUUGUCAAGAAAGUUGCCUGUUCCAACUAGUCAAAUUAACCCUUAUCGUAUGAUCAUUGUAAUCAGACUAGUUGUGCUUGGGUUGUUCUUCCAUUAUCGAGUAAUGCACCCAGUAGACAAUGCCUAUGCCUUGUGGCUUGUGUCAGUAAUAUGUGAGAUUUGGUUCACUCUUUCAUGGAUUCUAGACCAGUUCCCAAAGUGGCUUCCUGUCAUGAGGGAAACCUAUUUGGACAGGCUUUCCUUGAGGUAUGAAAAGGAGGGCCAGCCUUCACAACUUUCUCCAAUUGACAUAUUUGUGACCACAAUGGAUCCAUUAAAGGAGUCUCCACUUGUGACUGCAAACACGGUUCUUUCCAUUCUAGCUGUAGAUUACCCUGCUGAAAAGGUGUCAUGUUAUGUAUCUGAUGACGGUGCUGCAAUGUUAACAUUUGAGGCUUUAUCUGAAACUUCUGAAUUUGCAAGGAAAUGGGUUCCUUUCUGUAAGAAGUUCAGCAUUGAGCCUAGGGCACCUGAAUGGUAUUUUGCUGAGAAGAUAAACUACCUAAAAGACAAGGCGCACCCAUCAUUUGUGAAAGAGAGAAGAGCAAUGAAGAGAGAAUAUGAAGAGUUUAGAGUUAGAAUUAAUUCUCUAGUUGCAAAGGCUAGGAAGGUCCCAGAAGAAGGGUGGACAAUGCAAGAUGGAACACCAUGGCCUGGAAAUGAUGUUUAUGAUCACCCAGGAAUGAUCCAGGUUCUUCUAGGAAAAACUGGGGGAUAUGACAUGGAUGGCAAUGAAUUACCACGUUUAGUGUAUGUUUCUAGAGAAAAGAGGCCUAAAUUCAAUCACCAAAGAAAAGCAGGAGCACUGAAUGCAUCGGUCAGAGUGUCUGCUGUGCUUUCCAAUGCACCUUUUGUGUUAAACUUGGACUAUGAUCAUUACAUCAACAAUAGCAAGGCUAUAAGAGAAGCAAUGUGUUUCAUGAUGGACCCACUAUUAGGAAAAAGGGUCUGCUAUGUUCAGUUCUCACAGAGAUUUGAUGGUAUUGACAACAGUGAUCAAUAUACCAAUCAUACAAAUGCAUUCUUUGAUAUUAACAUGAAAGGUUUGGAUGGUAUACAAGGACCUACAUAUGUUGGCACUGGCUGUGUCUUUAGAAGGCAAGCACUUUAUGGUUUUGAUGCUCCAAGAAAAAAGAAGCCUCCAACCAAGACAUGUAAUUGUUGGUCGAAGUGUUGUUGCUGUGGAUGGUGUUGCAUGGGAAAGAGGAAGAAGAAGUUGAAGAAGCCCAAGUUUGACAUGAUGGAAAGCAGUCACAGAAAAGUACAUUCUGAAGCAUCUAUAGUUGAAAAUGCUUUGUACAUUGAACACGAUGAAAUUUCCACUCACAUUUCAAAUCAGAAGUUUGUCAAGAAAUUUGGACAAUCUCCUAUUUUCAUUGCAUCAACUCAAUUGGAGGAUGGUGAGACACUAAAAUAUGACAACCUUGCUUCUCAACUUACAGAAGCCAUACAUGUAAUUAGUUGUGGCUAUGAAGAGAAAACAGAAUGGGGAAAAGAGGUAGGGUGGACCUAUGGUUCAGUUACAGAAGAUAUAUUGACAGGUUUUAAAAUGCAUUGCCAUGGAUGGAGAUCUAUAUAUUGUAUUCCUGAAAGACCUGCAUUUAAAGUAUCUGCCCCAAGAAAUCUUUCAAAUGGUUUGCAACAAGUCUUUCAAUGGGCCCUUGGAUCCAUUGAAAUAUUUAUGAGUAAGCAUUGCCCUCUUUGGCAUGGAUAUGGAGGAGGAUUAAAGUGGUUAGAGCGUAUUUCUUACAUAAAUGCCACAGUAUAUCCCUGGACAUCAAUACCUUUGGUGGCAUAUUGUACCUUACCAGCUGUUUGCUUGCUUACUGGAAAAUUUAUCAUUCCUGAGCUCAAUAACACAACUGGAAUGUGGUUUGUGACUCUUUUCAUUUGCAUUUUCACCACAAGUGCGCUAGAGAUGAGAUGGAGUGGAGUUACAAUAGAUGAAUGGUGGAGAAAUGAGCAGUUUUGGGUGAUUGGAGGGGUUUCAGCACAUUUAUUUGCAGUAUUUUUAGGGAUGUUUAAGGUAUUGGCAGGUGUGAACACAAACUUCAUUGUGACACCAAAAGUAGGAGAAGACAAGGAGCAUUCUGAGAUGUUUGCUAUGAAGUGGACCACUUUACUAAUCAUACCAACCACAUUGUUGAUAUUAAAUAUAAUUGCUGUAGUUGCUGGAGUCUCACAUGCAAUAAAUAGUGGCUUUGAAUCUUGGGGGCCUCUACUUGGUAAACUCAUGUUUUCCUUAUGGGUAAUUCUUCAUUUGUAUCCAUUCCUCAAAGGUAUCACAGGUAGGCAUAACAGGACUCCUACCAUUGUUAUUGUUUGGUCAGUUUUGCUUGCCUCUUUCUUUUCUGUCUUGUGGGUCAAAAUUGAUCCUUUUUUACCCAAGUCAAGUGGUCCAAUUCUAGAGGAAUGCGGAUUGGAUUGCAAUUAG